CAAACACCAUCCAGCCUCGUCGCCUGACGGGUUAGUGGGCUGUGCGGACCAACCUGGAUCACUAAUGGGCUUUUUUAAGCCCCACACAGAAUAACACUGGUUCUUCUUUUACAUUCUCCUGCAAUUCCAAAUUGACUUUCACUAUUAUUUCAAAAACAAUGGGCGUUCCUAGAUUUAGACCAGCCAAGGCGGGGGACGGCGAGUCGAGUCCGAAUCUUUUCGUGGCCAACUGUGGGCCGGCUGUCGGACUUUCUUACGAAGCCAUUGAGUCUGUUUUUAGCAUCUUCGGGACAGUGAAAGGAGUUUAUGCAGCGGAUGAGAGCGGCAGGCGUGUCAUUGUUUCGUAUUUCGAUGAGAGUUGUGCUCAGAAUGCUUUUAAAUCAUUGAACGGACGCCCCUGCCCCGAUCUUGGAGGCCGCUCUUUAUACAUUCGUUAUUCUAUUCUUCAACCACCAACUCCUCAGGUUCAAGUCAAUAAUUCAGUUUCCGUUUCGCUGUCUACUUCAGAGUUGAAUAUUCCUGGCAUUUAUUUGUUGCAUGACUUUAUCAGUGACAAAGAAGAACAGGAGCUGCUUGCAGAAGUCGAUAGUAGGCCGUGGAAAAAUCUUGCUAAAAGAAGGGUUCAGCAUUAUGGAUAUGAAUUUUGUUAUGACACAAGGAAUGUUAAUACCGGGAAGUGCUUGGGUGAAUUUCCAUCAUUUGUUUCUUCUAUACUUGAAAGGAUCUCGUCAUUCCCAAACCUCAAGAACUCUACAAGUUUAGUUUUGGACCAGUUAACGGUUAAUGAGUAUCCCCCUGGUGUGGGUCUAUCUCCACACAUAGAUACGCAUUCAGCAUUUGAAGGAUCAAUUUUCAGCCUUUCAUUAGCUGGUCCUUGCAUAAUGGAAUUUAGGAGGUACUUAGAAGGUGCAUGGCUUGGUAAUGCUACCUCAAGUAUUGAUAUGAAAGACAAAAACCUUGAUAACUGCACAAGUUUCUUAAGAAGGGCUAUCUAUAUGCCUCCUCGCUCCAUGCUCCUAUUAUCCGGGGAAGGACGUUAUGCUUGGCAUCAUUACAUUCCUCAUCAUAAGAUUGACGUGGUUAAUGAUAGUGUGAUCAGAAGGGCUUCAAGAAGAGUUUCUUUCACAUUUCGUAAGGUGAGAGUAGGUCCUUGCCAGUGUGAAUUUCCUCAAUACUGUGAUUCCCAGAGAUAACAGGGCAGACGGACGGACGACUUUUUGUCUGAAGAUUCCAGACUGACAAAACACUGAUCAAAAUAAAAUAUAUAGGAAAUGGUUAGUAUUGGGCAUCAGAAUCACAAGUUAGAUCAAAGGUCAAUUUUUUCAAACUGAUGUUGUGCUGGUAAGUUUGACAGAAAUUUUCCUAGCUUUCUAAGGUAAAAAGAUUUUUAGCAUCGGAAUCUGUAAGAUGAGACUUCAAAUGGUCGAUACCCUGCUAAAACGAAGAGUGAUUGCGUGCAACGAAAAACACCAUGUAAGACUAGGAGAAACAAUUAUUGAGACUGGAGAAAUUUUGAGUUUCGUUACAGACAGAUGUUGUAUCUAAACCCUAAUUCUUAAACAUUAAAUAUUUGUUUAGGGAA